AUGUCGUGGUGGUUACUCUCUCUCCGUCUUCGACUGUCACGCGGACAUCGUAAGAACCUAUGCGGUCUAACGAUUGUGCACCCGAGCGUAUGGGUGCGUCUCCUGUUUCUCGGGAUGCGACCCGUGCUGGGGGCAGGGUUUUGGAAGAAGCUGCACUACGUAGACAGAAUCGAGGAGCUGUGGCUAGACGAGAUGAUGGAAGAGGGGGUCGCGAGACGGAACAUCCCGCAAGCAGUGUUUGGAUACGAGCAAAAGAUCGUGGAAGAGGCGGAGGAGAGUAGGAACCUUGCGAUUGCCUUGGGGGCGCCGCUCGCAGCGAGGGAGAGGCAAUAUCAACAGGGGGGACAUGAAUAGAGCCCAGAAUAAUGACUGUAUUGGUCAAGGUAUGGAAGUGGACGAAUGUUGAAGGAAGGAGCUGUUCUAUGCUGCAAAAUUGUUUGAAGACCCGUACCUAUUUGUGUGCACUGUGCAGUUACGGGACGAUAGACAGCUGUUGAGAGGACGCGAUGAACUAAAAGUAGACCAUUCUCUCCCU